AUGUCCGCUCGCCCUCUACUUCGUCCACUCUGCCAACCAUAUGCCGACCUCCUCGAACGAUCCGAGGCCUACCUAGCCGCUGUGGACCUCUGGGCUUCGAGAGGAAAUGCACAAACACUCGCCAAUGCCGUUGGAGUGGGAAAGAUCAAUGUUGUUGCUGCGCUUGCCGCGAGAAGUCUUCGCACGCCGACGUAUCCAGUCUCUCACUUCCAAGCUGCGUCGGGCUUGUCGCCCACGGCAUUCAAUGCUGCGCUGGAUAUCCUUACGACAGCGAUUAGUGUACCGACUGGCUCUUCCUCCUCAUCCUCGGGGCCAUCAACACCUUCACGCUACCACUCGCGCGAUGUGCCAGGUAGUAGCCAUAGCACCCCUGCCAGCGCUGGUCGAGGCGGGAGGAUCCGUCGAGCCCCAAACCUCGAUGCGCCCAUUCCCCUCGUAGGGCACGUCCAGCGAGGCAGAACUUCAUCAUCUGCAUCGUCCCCCUCUUCAUCAUCCUCGCAGAUGAGCUUGCAAGAGAGGGCAAAAGCUGUCAUGAGCGGAGCAGCUUUUGGUAUGUCCUCAUCCCCCUCGCAGCAGCACAAGAGUCCCACGACGCCUACCAGGCGGAAGUUGCCAGGGAGCAGCCGGCCCUCCUCCUCUUCUACGUCUCCCAGUGCGAGGCAAGAGAAGCAGCGACCCUCCACCAAUGCAGCUCCAGCAUCUCAGCAGCCUAGUCCCUCUACGCCUCGUAGUCAUCGUCCCGUCAGCGCAGCAGCCACACCAACGAGCUCGGUCAAGAGCACGCCCCGUCAUCAACAGAGGCACCUUUACACGCCGAGCAAGCGAUCGAGGCUCGGCCCUGGUGAAAUGAGCGAUGAGGAGAAAGGAGACGAGCAAGUCGGGGAGGAGGCAGCGAGGAAGAGGCGUCGCGUCAAUGGCUCACCGAGAAAGGCGCGCAAAUCCCAGCGCAGUGUAGCAGAAUUGGAUCCAUACGAGGAGCUGGCCAGUCGCAAGCUGCCUAUCAUGCUCUUCCCUCUCUGCCCUUUGACUGCAGGUAGAGGUAGGAAGGCAAGCGACGAGAACAAGACGAGCCGCCUUGCUGACGAGUGGUUGCAGAGGUGGAGUGGCUGGCUCGCCGACGAGGAUGAAGAUAUACUGAGCUGA